ACUCUAGUCAAUAGCGUUCACCACCUCUUUGCUUCUUUGGUGUUCAGAUAUGGAUGGAGAAGGUAGGAGGAAAAGCGAGCAACAGCUGCACAAUCACUACCACCUGAAUCCUCUCAGAAAUUCUUUUUGGCCCAGAAGUGACUUCUGCUUCUGGUGGAUCAACUAAACCUACCUCUGAUCAUCAAUAGUAAUCUCGGGUGGUGAAUCAGUAACAAGUUACAACUACACCUCAAUCAGUACUCCUCCCCCCUCACUUUCUGCAACUUGAGAACCAUUGCAACAACAUCAAUGGCGGUUUCAGCUAAUGAUAAAGGUUCAUGCUUCUCCCUCCCACUCUCUCUUUGUGUUUUCUCCCCCUCUUCCUUGUCACUUCUUUAUGGGUUUUGUAGUAGUUGUGGCAGAAGAUGUGAAUGAUUGUCCGAUAGAGGAAGUCCGGCUGACAGUUCCAAUCACCGAUGAUCGGACGAUGCCGGCAUUGACGUUCAGAACAUGGGUGUUGGGUGUCCUUUCGUGCAGCAUUCUUUCCUUCGUAAACCAGUUUUUCCGGUUCCGUCAGAACCCAGUGAGCAUCGGAUCCAUUUCAGUCCAACUAGUUAUACUUCCGGUGGGAAAGUUGAUGGCGGCGACGCUGCCGGAGAAAAUCCUGACGGUGCCAAUGACUGGGUGGUCAUUCUCAUUGAACCCAGGGCCAUUCAACAUGAAAGAACAUGUUCUUAUCACCAUCUUUGCAAACGUUGGAAGUGGUGGCGUUUAUGCACUACAUAUUGUCACCAUUCUCAAAGUUUUCUACAAGAAGGAAAUCCAGCCCAUUCUUGCCGUCUUGCUAAUCCUAAUCACCCAGAUGCUUGGAUAUGGUUGGGCUGGUCUCUUCAGAAAGUACCUUGUUGACUCACCCUAUAUGUGGUGGCCAGCCUCACUCGUUCAGGUGUCCCUGUUUAGGGCUCUACAUGAGACGGAACAAAGGGUAAAGGGUAGAUUAACAAGGCUUCAAUUCUUCUUCAUAGCCCUUGGCUCCUGCUUUGCUUAUUCUGUUAUCCCAACCUAUUUCUUCCCUUCAAUAACUGCACUCUCCUUCAUUUGUUGGAUAUGGCCUAAAUCAAUCACAGCCCACCAAAUUGGUGGAGGUGUACAAGGUCUAGGCCUCCUAUCAUUUGGACUCGACUGGAACGUGGUGUCAUCCUUUUUGUAUAGUCCGUUGGCCUUCCCAGCCUAUUCCAUAAUCUGUUCACUUAUGGGUGCAUUCCUCGCACUUUAUGUUGCAGUCCCCAUCUUAUAUUGGUCCAAUGCCUUUGAAGCGAAGCGGUUUUCGAUCUUCUCAAGCGGCACAUUUGAUGAAUCUGGAAACCGCUACAAUGUCACACGGAUCUUGGAUCAGAAAACUUUUACUUUCGAUCAACAAGCCUAUGAUAGCUACAGUAAGGUCUAUCUCAGUGUCAAUUUUGCGUUUACUUAUGGUAUGAGCUUUGCGACAUUAGUUGCAAGUCUCUCCCAUGUUGCCCUUUUUAAUGGAAGAUCAAUUUGGCGACAAAUGAAGUCAAGCAUACAAGAUAAUUCUGGAGAUGUCCAUAACAGGAUAAUGAAGAAUUAUAACUCAGUCCCACAAUGGUGGUUUUAUACAGUCUUUGUGGUAGUGCUUCCACUAGCUAUUUUUACAUGUGAAGGCUUUGGUGGAAAAUUACAACUUCCUUACUGGGGUGUCCUAUUAGCCAUCGCUUUGGGUAUAGUUUUCACAUUGCCCAUUGGUGUAAUAACAGCAACUACAAACCAACAACCUGGACUGAAUGUGAUCACAGAGCUAAUUGUUGGUUAUCUUUAUCCUGGGAGACCCAUUGCCAAUGUGGCUUUCAAGACCUACGGUUACGUAAGUGUGGUGCAAUCAAUCUUUUUCCUUCAAGAUUUAAAGCUGGGACACUACAUGAAGAUCCCUCCAAGGUCCAUGUUCUUAGUUCAGAUGGUAGGGACAUUGAUCAACAACAUGAUCACAUUUGGCACAGCUUGGUGGCUUCUUACUACUGUGGAUAAUAUUUGUGAUGUUACUCAAUUGCCUAAAGGAAGUCCAUGGACAUGUCCAGGUGACAAUGUCUUCUACAGUGCUUCUAUUAUAUGGGGUGUGGUUGGUCCACUUCGUAUGUUUGGAAAGCUUGGUGUGUAUGCCAAGUUGAAUUGGUUUUUCCUCGUUGGUUUGAUUUCACCAGUGCCAAUAUGGUGGUUAAGUCGCAAGUUUCCACAACACAGAUGGAUUGAACUCAUCCAUAUGCCCCUCAUCUUCUACAACGCUGGCUCCUUUCCAGAGGUUAAGGCUGUUAACUAUUGGUCUUGGGGUAUAGUUGGCAUCUUCUUCAAUGUUUAUGUGUAUAGAUGGUACAGAGGGUGGUGGGCUAGGCACAAUUAUGUUCUCUCAGCAGCCUUAGACGCAGGGGUUGCUUUCUUGGCUCUCCUUGUCUAUUUCUCUCUCCAAAUGAAUGGUAUCUCUGGUCCAGAUUGGUGGGGUGCAGAGGAGGGUGAUCAUUGCCCUCUGGCAACUUGCCCUACAGAUCCAAGGAUUAUGGUCGAUGGCUGCCCAGCUGUGUCAUAAUAUAAUUUCUUUCCCUUUUUCCUUUAUCGUUUGUUUGUGGAUAAAAUAUCAUCUAUGUUUUGGAAUUUUUUUAUUAAACCCCUACGCUUGCCCUACAUUUACUCAAA